CCCCAACCCGCCCAGCCCGCCCGCCCGCCCGGGGCGAAUGCGCGUGGAGGCAGGAGGCGAGCGCCGAGCGAGCGCCAUGCUGCCGGGCCUGGUGAGCUACAGCAGCAGCAGCAGCUGCAGCAGCUCGGGUGAGGAGGAGGAGGAGGAUGAGAAGGAGGAUCACGCGGGGAUCGUGUACGGGCGGCCCGGCACGGUGGAGGCACGUCGGGACGUGGGGAUGACCCCUUCUCAAGCUGCUGCCCCUCCUCCAGCUGCCCCUCCUCCUCCAGCUGCCCCUCCUCCUCCAGCUGCCCCUCCUCAAGCUGCCUCUCCUCCUCCUCAACGCCGUCCUCGUCGUGCCGGCACGGCCCGAGACCUACAGGGACGGCCCGCUGGAGGACGACUCCCGCUGCCCGAGAGUGUUCGCAGCAUGUUUGCUGACGACGAUGAGAAAGCCGACGACGCAGAAGGUGGAAGCCAGCAUGGUGGACGCCUCCGCUCCUUUGCCCAUGAGAGAGGCAACUGGGCGACUUACGUCUACCUGCCAUAUUCGGGGGAUUCCGACUUUGACGAGCUGGUGGACCUGGUGUUGAGGCGGUUGUGCGAUGUUGGACUGCGCAUGAGUAAACAGGAAGACUUCCACAUCAGCCUCUCGCAGACGGUGGUUCUGCGCUACCACUGGAUCAACCUCUUCCUGCAGACGUUGAGAGAGCGCCUUGGCUCCUACCACCGAUUUAACUGCUUCACGAACAAGGUCAAGGUAUAUACGAACCAGGAGAGAACAAGGACUUUCUUGGGGCUGGAGGCAACGCGCGGGCAGCAGGACUUGCUGGGCUUGGUGACAGAGAUCGAUGGAGCAAUGCAGGAGUUCCAGUUGCAGACAUUUUUCAAGGACACGUCAUUCCACAUGAGUCUGGCGUGGUGUGUCGGAGAUUUGUCAGACCGUUUCAACCAGGACCUUAUAAACCAGUUACAGGAUGUGGUGGAUGAAUUUGAGGACAGCCCACGUUUGCUGCGCAUCCACGCCGAGCAGCUCGUGUGCAAGACGGGACACAAGCUGCACCCUGUGCCACUGAGGUAGCGCCGGUGUGCGCCUCAUAGCCGUACAACGUGCUUCCUAGUCGGCCAGCGAUGGGCAACCCAGAUGAGUCGGUGGGCCACGUGGCCACACGAGAAGCCCUCCUUCUUCACCUCAGUGGGCGACAAGCUUGGCAUCAUACUUGUGUUCUUGGGUUUUUUUCGGUAAAGUCACGUAGGUAAAAAAUUUAAAUUAAUAAAAGUAAAAUAAAAAUAAAAUAAAAUCACGACGUUUCGGAAGCAACACAAGCUUCCAUCUUCAGGUGGAACCGUCACAGCACGAUAGCUGUAUCAACUAAGAGAAAUUCCAAGAAAACAGUCCUUGUAUAUAUACUGGUUGAGGGUGGGAGGAGCCAAUUGUGAGGUUCGGUGCGGCUGAAGCACGCUGUUAGGAAUGAGUCUUUGUUGUGUAGACUGGUUGAAAAGAGUUGUUAAGGUGCGGCUGAUGUAAAGGUGUGUGUAAAUGGGACUGAGCCUUUUGUUAUGUCGAGGUGGUGAGGCUGAAUGAGUCUUUGUUGUGUAGACUGUUGAACUGGGAGGUUCUAAGAGUUGUUAAGGUGCGGCUGAUUUAAAGGUGCGGCUGCUGUGAAUGGGACUGAGCCUUUGUUAUGUAGAUGAAACAGCACUUUUUGCUACGUUGCUGGGACUAAUUCCAGAUUUGCCAAAUAUGUGUGGUAAAAUCUAGCAUCAUACUUGUGCACUAAUUGUGACCAUGCGCAUCACCCGAGACCCACUGAGACCAGGCCACCACGAGAGGCUUCACGGCUCGCAGGUUGUCCACCGCUGGCCUGUACGGUCACACCCCGGUUGCGCAAUCCACGUGCAUCCCGAUCAGCUGCUGGUGCUGUGUAAAAAAACGACGCUAUGAUGCAACACUUUGGAGGUGAACCACCCGGUGGCUAGAAGAUAGUAGUACAACUAGUGGAUUUAUAAACCUAUCUGUGAGGACCUUUUGAGUGUUAUACCCUUGUCUGUAUGCAUACUCUUUGGUUCUUUUGGUAAAGUCACGUAGGUAAAAAAAUAUAUAAAAGUAAAAAAUUAAUUAAAUCACAACGUUUCGGGCAACAGCAGUUGCUUCUGAUGACGAGCACUUGUGUUGCGCCCGAAACGUCGUGAUUUAAUUUUUAUUUUAUUUUUUUACUUUUAUUAUUUUCUACCUACGUGACUUUACCGAAAGAACCAAAGAGUAUGGAUCCUUGCAGUCGUGAAAACUUCAAAUAUAGAACUUGUCUUGAUGGUUUCGUCUGGGUAAUAUGAUUUCCUCCCAUUUAUAAAACGCUCCUCCCAUAGGGUGUUUAGAAUCUGGAGAAUCCAGUAAUAAACUCCCUUUAUUAUUUGAUUUUCAAGUAAUCCAGAAACUGCAAGGGAUAGAAGGCCAGGCCUUGAGAGAGCAGGACAAUUGGAAUGUCGUGUGCUCUUGACUUUCAUUCUGGAUCAUCAGACCUGCAUGCGAUCAUUGUUCAUGUCGAAAAUAAUGCCACUGCAUGAUGCUUGCACAGAAGAAUAAAAUGUUGCUGUUGUUUUUUCCAUCUUUCCUGUCACUCCCCUCUCUCUCUGGCGAUCCUCAAAAUUGCCUUACUAGAUCGUAAAGUGUUCAUUUUGUUUCUUGCAGGGAUACAUAAAGCGACUUUACAUUAUUGGCACUGGAAUGUAUGUUAUAUGAAUGAAAAUAAAUGUUUACUGUGUAAAC